UGGUGGUGGUGAAGGACAGAGAGACCCAACGCUCACGUGGCUUCGGCUUCGUUACCUUCACCAACCCCGAAGUGCCACAUUGUCCCCAGUGCCUGGACGGGCGGCAAAUCCGGGUGGAUCAUGCCGGGAAAUCCCCCCGUGGUGCCCGAGGGGGCUAUGGGGGGGGCCGGGCCCGGGGCCGAGGCUACACUCGAGGAGUGCCUGGACGGGCGGCAAAUCCGG